UCUUCAUCUUCAUCUCACUCUGUUCCCUCUCUCUUCACACUCUCAGAGCAAAAAUGCUAUCAACCAAUUUCUUGCAAAACCCUAAACCCUCAAAUCUCCCGUCCCCCUUCCCUCAAUUCCAAUUCCUCCACCAUCGCCAAACCUUAAGGAAACCUCCGUCAUCAAAACCUUGGCGCGCUCGUAGUAACCUCGCUCUUCUCGCCUCAAAUCUUCUCCGCGUCAAAAGAAACCCUAGUUUGAAGGCGUACGCUGAGAAUGGCGAUGAUGAUCGCAUCGGUGGAUUGGGGGUCGAUGUGGAUGAUUUGCACGGGGAAGACGAGUUCGUUUUACCGGUGGAGCUCUCUUUUACUCGAACUCUGCCUCCUGCAUUGACGCUGAAGCACGGAGUUGGGAAAUUGAGGGAGGCGGUCGAGAAGUUGAAACUUGAUCCUCCUUGCUCGAACAGCGGUGUGCUGAGAUAUCAGGUUGCUGUGCCUCCUAGCGUUAAAGCACUGGAUUGGCUUUACUGUCAACAGAAGUUUUCGAAUGUGUUUCCUCAGUUCCAUUUCGUAGGAAAACAGAUUGAUGAGGGAGUUUUGGAUAAUGGGAACUGGAAAGUUUCUGGAAUUGGGGCAGCAAUCUACUUUCAUGGCUCUUCGGCGGAAGGGUGCUACUUGAUGGCAAGAUAUCUUUCAAUUGAUUCACACCUGAUAAGGGCUUAUGGAUUCGUAGGUAUGAGCUACGGUAGGAUGCCAAGUUUUGUGGAGCAGAAGCCUGGUUCAUUUUAUUUUUUAAUACCUCAGGUUGAGCUGAAUCAAUUGGAGAAUGGUUCUUUCAUGUCUUUGAAUCUAAUAUGGGAUGAUUCUUUAGCUUAUACUUUUGGAGAAGCUGUUAAAUCUGUAGAGAAAUGUUUCCAACAGAUUGUAAACAAUAUUCAAGCAGUUAAUAUGAACAAUCAGGACGUAUUGAUGGACUGCAUUAACGGAGAUGAAGAAUUGUGUUCCAGUGGACUUCAAAUGGUGUAUUUAAAUGCCGAGGUUCUUGCUCAGUUAGAUGCUAGAGGCAACUGUAUGCAACUGGAAGAACUUCCAACUUGUAAGGAGUCCUACUUCAGACCUUCCACCACAGUUUCUUUUAGAACUAAUAUGUUUCCUAGUCCUUGCGGAAUCAGUUGCUCAGUUAAACAGAGUGCCAAUAUCAAUAUUUUGUGGGCCUCACUUAUAGUUGAAGAAUGUGUUCGACUUGGUCUGACGUAUUUCUGUAUAGCUCCAGGAUCGAGAUCAUCUCCACUUGCAAUUUCUGCAUGUCGUCAUCCCCUAACCACCUGUAUAUCAUGCUUUGAUGAACGCUCACUUGCUUUUCAUGCUGUUGGCUAUGGAAGAGGAUCCCGUAAACCAGCAGUUAUUAUUACAACAUCAGGGACUGCUGUGUCAAAUCUCUUCCCUGCAGUUGUGGAGGCUAGUUAUGACUUUGUACCCCUUAUGUUACUGACAGCUGAUCGGCCUCCGGAGCUUCUAGAUGCGGGAGCAAACCAAGCCAUUGAUCAGGUCAAUCAUUUUGGCAAAUUUACGAGAUUCUUCUUUAACUUUCCUCCACCCUCAGAUCAGAUUCCUGCACGAAUGGUCCUUACAACAAUUGAUUCUGCUGCACACAGAGCAACCCAAGCACCUUUUGGACCUGUGCAUAUAAACUGUCCCUUUAGAGAGCCAUUGGAAGAUCAUCCAAGAGAAUGGAAAUCUACCUGCUUGAGUGGAUUGGAUACGUGGAUGUCAAAUAUAGAACCUUUUACUAGAUACAUUGAUUUCCAUAGUUCAACUGCAUGCCAUGAAAAUAGCAAUGAAGUUGUGGAGAUUUUACAAAUAAUACAAAAUGCUAAUAAGGGCUUGCUAAUAAUUGGUGCUAUUCACACAGAAGAUGAAAUUUGGGCAGCUUUUCUUCUGACUAAACACCUUUUGUGGCCAGUUGUCGCCGAUAUCCUUUCUGGUCUACGGUUACGCAGAGUAUUAAGUUCAUUUUCAGAAAUUGAAGACCAUGUUCUUUUCAUAGAUCAUCUGGAUCAUGCUCUUCUUUCAGAUUCUGUCAAGAACUGGGCACAACCAGAUGUGGUUGUUCAGAUAGGGAGCAAGAUUACAAGCAAACGCAUUGGUCAAUUCCUUGAGUUUUCUUGCCCACAAUCGUACAUCUUGGUCGACAGCCAUCCAUGCCGUCAUGAUCCUUCUUAUAUUGUCACUCACAGAGUUCAGAGUACAGUAACUGAAUUUACUGAUGUUUUACUUAAAGUUCAAGUAUCAAAAAAUGCCAGCAACUGGAGUCUUUUUCUCAAAGCAUUGAAUAUGAUGGUUUCACAGGAGAUAUCGUUUCUAAUCCGCUCUGAACCCCUGUUAACUGAGCCACAUGUUGCACACAUAAUUGGGGAAGCAUUUCAUGGUGAAGUCGCUUUAUUUAUUGGGAACAGUAUGAUCAUUCGAGAUAUGGACAUGUAUGGAAGGGGCUGGAUGAUACAUAGCACUGAUGAUUCUCAGCUUAUCGAUGAUAGCUGUCUACAGUUUCACGGCAUACAAGUGGCUGGGAAUAGGGGUGCAAGUGGUAUUGAUGGUUUGCUCAGUACAGCCGUUGGCUUUUCUGUAGGAAGCGACAAGAAGGUACUUUGUGUGAUUGGUGAUGUAUCUUUCCUGCAUGAUACCAAUGGCUUAGCAAUUUUGAAUCAGAGGUCAAAAAGGAAACCGAUGACUAUACUCAUAGUAAACAAUCAUGGUGGUGCAAUUUUUAGUCUCCUGCCAGUUGCAGAUAGGACACCCACCAGUGUGUUAAAUCAGUAUUUCUACACAUCCCAUGACAUCUCAGUCCGCAAUCUAUGUUCAGCACACAGUGUAAAGCAUUUGCUGGUCCGAACAAAAAGUGAACUGCAGUGUGCUCUGUGGAAGGCUCAUAAGGAUCAGAAUGACAUCGUAAUUGAAGUUGAAAGUUCCAUUGCUGAUAAUUCUAAAUUUCACAGAACCAUAAGUAAGUUUGUGAGUCAAGCAUCAGAUCAGGCACUCCGUGUCCUUUCAAAGUUUCCGUUUUCUGAAAAGACCAGUGGGGGCCAAUUUCUUUGCAAGGUUCGAGAGAUGAAAUACUCGUUGUAUAGGAUCCAACUUUGUGCUCCACUUACCUCAAGUCAGGUUAAAAAUGAUAUCAACAGAUUCUACCGUGAAGGCUUUAUAUUAGCUAUAGCUUUGGAUGACGGAAGUGUGGGAUUUGGUGAGGUAGCACCAGUCGAAAUUCACAAAGAGGAUUUGUCCGCUGCUGAAGAGCAACUACGUUUUCUAUUUCAUGUAAUGGAAGGAGUUGAACUUGAUUAUAUUCUCCCUUUGGCUUACGGCUCAUUCUCUAACUGGAUAUGGAGAAGCUUAGGAAUACCACCUCAGUCUGUAUUCCCAAGUGUGAGGUGUGGCUUGGAGAUGGCUUUACUUAAUGCUCUAGCAGUAAGACAUGCGUCAAGCUUGUCAGGUCUAAUAACAGGAUGUGGCUGCUCCUCUCAAUAUACUAAGGCAGGUAAUGAUGACAUAAGUGUUAGAAGUUCAGAAGGGAUCGCGAUCUGUGCCCUUGUAGAUUGUAAUGGUAGUCCAAAGGAGGUAGCUCAUCUUGUGUCUCAACUAGUUGAUGAAGGCUUCACAACAAUAAAACUAAAGGUUGCACGUCGGAAAAAUCCUGAAGAAGAUGCUUCCAUCAUCCAGGAAAUUAGAAAAAUGGUUGGAUACCAGGUCAAUAUCCGUGCUGAUGCAAAUCGAAAAUGGACAUAUGAACAGGCAAUUCGAUUUGGCUCAUCUGUGAAAAACUGUAAUCUACAGUAUAUUGAGGAACCCGUGUGCCUUGAAGAUGAUAUUGUCAGGUUUUGUGAAGAAACUGGCUUACCAGUAGCAUUAGAUGAGACUACCGAUGACCUUGAAGUAAAUGCCCUUGAAAAGCUCAAUAAGUUUGCACAUCCAGGAAUAGUUGCUGUGGUUAUUAAACCAAGCGUGGUUGGAGGAUUUGAAAAUGCUUCACUCAUUGCUAAAUGGGCUCACACUCGUGGGAAAAUGCCUAUUAUCAGUAGUGUAUUUGAGAGUAGUUUAAGCCUGUCGUCAUACAUACAGUUUGUGCACCAACUAGAGCAGCAAAAUGAAGCAAUUUGCAAAUUGCAGAAUAGAGAGGUCAUCUCAGCUACAGCCCAUGGUCUUGGAACUUAUAGAUGGUUAAAGGAAGAUGUGAGCACAGAUGUGCUCAAAAUUUGUGUUCCUGCACAUAGUAAUACCAUGGAGGCCUCUAUAGAAGAUGCUGAUAAUUUCCUUCGCAACUUCCAACUCAACAACAGCGUAGUUGAAAGGACAUAUGAAGGAGAACAAGUCAGGUCUUGCCAAUUUACUGUUUGUGAUGAGGAGUUCAGUCAUUCAUUCAAUCUUCUGGAGAGUGGAAGUGAGACAGAUAGCAAUAUAGUUGUCUUUCUUCAUGGUUUUCUUGGUACAAGUCAAGACUGGAUUCCAGUAAUGAAGGCUAUGUCGGCUACCGCUCGAUGCCUUUCAAUUGAUCUUCCAGGCCAUGGACAUUCACUGGCUUACUGGCGUAUGAAUAAGAAACCAGAGAAAGGAUAUGACAUCUCGGUGGAAUCAGUUGCAGAUGGCUUGAUGAAAUUAAUCUGUAAUUUGACCAGUGAACGAGUGAUUCUUGUGGGAUAUUCAAUGGGUGCGAGGAUUGCAUUAUACAUGGCCCUGAAGUACAGUGAGAAGAUUGAUGCAGCAAUUAUAGUAUCUGGAAGUCCAGGAUUGAGGGAUGAACCCGCUAGAAGAAUUCGUGCUGUGCAAGAUGAAGCAAAGGCUCGUUACCUAAUGGCACAUGGUUUAGAAUGUUUCCUGGACAUAUGGUAUGCGGGAAAGCUAUGGAAAAGCCUAAGGGGCCAUCCGCACUUUAAAAAAAUAACCACCAACCGUGCAAAGCAUCGGGAUAUCCAAGCUCUGGCUAAGGUUCUCUCUGGUUUGAGUGUUGGAAGACAACUGCCCCUGUGGGAAGACCUAAAGCUAUGCAAGAAACCUCUUUUGUUCAUUGCUGGAGAGAAAGAUGCAAAGUUCAAAGAUAUCUCUCAGCAGAUGUAUACUGAAGUCAUGACUGCUAGAGGAGAGGGUGACAACCAAGGAACAAACUUAUGUGAAAUGGCUGUAAUACCAGACUGCGGGCAUGCUGUGCAUAUGGAGAACCCUCUUCCUCUGAUUAAUAUAGUGAGGAAGUUUUUAAUAAAAGUGAGACGUGGAUGAAAAGAUGUUCGUUGCUGAUUAUAUACACAAGCUGCAGGUAAAUGCACAUGGAGAUGCUCUUACCCAGAGGUAACUUUUUCUUUGAUUCUUGCAAUUUUGAUGCUUUUGGUGGAUGUCCUUUUUUUCACCUCACCUAUUUUUGCAUGGGUUACAUCUCUUACAAAUUACUAGCAAUAUCUAUCUGUACGGUUCUUGAAACACUAGAUCCAAAGAGCCAAGAGACUUACAAGAAGGUUCUCUUACUUCACCCACUCAAUUCUUUCUCAGUUAUUCUCCCCGGAAAAAAAAUUUGAAUUGGAUGGAAAUACUUAUGUGAUUAUUUUGUUAUGUUUUCACCCCCAGACCAAUACAAUAGUCAGUUCAGAGACCUCUUUUUACGACUCCAUUUUAGUGGAAACUUUUGAGAAGGUUUGAGAUAUAUCAAGUACUAAUUACUUCGGUCCACGGGCUAAUGGUAUAGUAUUUUGAACUUUCUGGUCGAAUUUAUUUAGUGGUGAUGGUGGAUAAUUCAGAAGGCUUUUCUUUGGGAUUUCAGGGUAGUAAAAUUGUGCAGACUAUAAAAAUAAAGAGAACAGGAUUUCCAUAUUCCACCUGAAAGAAAAUUAUCUCAAAGUAGC